AUGCGCAAACUGCACCCUCUCGCCCUCGCCGCGCUCGCAGCGCCCCUCGCUCGCGCCGAGGUGCUCUGGUCCCGCCGCCUGUCGUCCUGUAUCGGCUCAGGCGACCUCGUCGCCCCAGUCGACCAGCAGCUCGUCUUUACCGACCUCUAUGCCCAGUUCGACCAAGGCCAGACCAAGCCCGGCGAGUACCACGCCGCCGGCAUCAACCUCGACCUCGUCCCCUCGCCCAUCUUCAACGAGGACGGCGCCGUCUUGACGGGCACGGGCGACCUCUUGCGCAUCGUCCUCGUCGGCAACACGGUCGCGACGAGCGAGGGCUUCAGCGACAGCGCCGGCGACGGCGCCGGCCUCCUCUCGACCCUCAUCGUCGACUCGCAGGUCCUGUCGUUCGAGGUCGCGUCCAACAAGACGGCCCUGUGCUCCAACAUCCGCACCGACGAGGGCGACACGGGCGUCACGACCAACGGCUCGGCCGUCGUCACCGACUCUGGCUGCCCGUACAGCGGCGCCAUCGCCCUCGGCUUCACCAUCCCGCUCGCCUCGUCGUACCCUCUCACGACCAUCACAACCAACCUCCUCGCCCUCGACCCGUCAUCACCCGCCCUCCACCUCGCCUGCUACGACCUGUCGUUCACGCCCUACUACCCGGACUACUUUGCGUACAACCUCGUCCACUACCGCGAUCCUCAUCGGCACCCUCGCGACCUACCUCCUCCUGUACAUCGUCGCGCGAGCCUCACGUCGCGCGACGGCGGGCCGUCGCACCGCGGCAUGUGGCGCAGCAUCUGGUUCGGCGCGUGGGCGGGCAAGCAGGUCGUCGCGAGCGGGAGCCUGCGGCGCUACGUCACGGCCGAGUUUCGCGAACUCUUCGGGCUCGUCGCCUGGUUCGCUCUCGUCGGGACGGUCGCAGUCACGUGGCCGGGCUUUGCCUACCCGGUUUUUCGUCGAGCGGCGUGGACGACCCUCGUCUUCAACUCGUCCCUCCCCUUUGUCUCGCCCGCCGAUCCCGUCCUGCCCCAGAACACGACCCUCCCGUCGGCCUACGCGUCGCAGAUCGCCGACGUCACCUCGCCGCUGUACCUCGACCCGGCGCUCCCGAACGUCCUCCUCGACCUCGAUGGCGAGCGCGACGGCCUCGAGCGGUGGUCGCGCAUGAUCGGCGUGCGGCACGAGGACGUGUGGAGCAUCUGCGCGUUCACCUUCUUCGCCCUGUGCGCCGGCGCCAUCGUCGCGCACGUCGUCGUCUUCGCGUUCGACUCGGCACUCGCCGCCGUCUUCCCGAAGCGGCGAGCGGCGAGCCCACACGCGCCGAUCGAGGACAAGGCGGCGCACGGGCAAGACGAGUCGCUCGCGCACGCCAUGAGCAAGGAGCACGUGUCCACGCCUGACGCGUACGGCGACCGUCGGCGCUCGGACGGCUCGAUGGGCCGGUUCCUCGGCAGCGGCGACUUUGCCGACGACGACUACUUUGCCGACGACGACGAGCUCGCGAGGGCCAACCCGGACGACGAGCACCCGCUGUGGCGCCUCCACGCCGCGCUCCUCCAGGGCAACCUCACCCGCCUCGUCCUCCUCUUCCACCUCCCCCUAUCCCUCUUUUCCGCCUACCAGUUCACCCUCUACUCGUCGGCGCCGUCCUCGACCUUCGCCCUCGCCGUCGUCGUCUUUGCCCUCGUCUGCGUCGCCUACCCCGCCUUCGCCCUGUGGCAGAUCCACGUCAAGUCGACGCGCACCCUGUACGGCCACCUGCCGACGCUCCUCGCGCUUGGCCCGCUGUACAACACCUACGCCGAGGAGUGCAUCCUGUUCCCGCUCGUCACGCUCGGGUCCAACCUCGUCAUCGGCGUCGUCGUCGGCGCAGGUCAGGCGUCGGGUACGGCGCAAGCCGCCAUCAUCCUCAUCGUCGAGGUCGCGCACACGCUCUGCACGUCGCUGUGGCUCCCGUGGGGCGACAAUGCGGCGAUGGGCCCUCUCGCCUUCCUCCUGUCGCUCGCCCGCAUCAUCAUCGCGGUCCUCCUCGUCGUCCUGUCGCCGACGGUCGACGUCUCGCCGGCAGCCGCGUCUUGGGUCGCCUACAUCGUCUUCCUCGCCAUGGGCCUCGUCAUCCUCCUCCUCAUCGGCGUCGUCGCGUUCAAGGUCCUCGAGCUCGUCGUCCGCCUCGUCGGCCGGGUCCCGUUCGACGAGUCGCGUUCGCCUCGCGGCGGCGGCCUGUUCGGCGCUCUGCGCAAGAGUCGCGGUGGACGUGCAGGCGGCGCGAGCGGCGGCAAGAAGCGGCGCGCCGCCGACGCCCGCUCGCAAGUCGCGAGGCGGCGCGCGGUCGAGGAGCGCAGGCGGCGCCACCUGCACCUCGAGCACUUUGCGGGCGGGACGGUCGGGGGCAGGAGCGACGCGUCGAGCGUCGGCACGGCGACGUACAUGCUGCCGAGCGCGCAACGGCCGGCCGGGCACCCCGGCGCGGGCGGCUCGACCCUCUCGCUCGGCAGCGGGCCGUCGCCGUUCCCCUCAACCGGGCUCGUCGACGACGAGGGCUACAUCAUGUCGGCCAUGUCGAGUCGAGGCUGGGAGAACGCCUCGGACGCGUCGUCGUCGGUCCGGCCGGGCUUUGUGCGUCCAGGCGCCUACGCCAGCUCGGGCCCGAUCCUGCGCUCAGGCCCCCAGCACUGGGGCAGCCAGAUCAACGUCGCGACGACCGGUCCCUCGCCUGCCUCGGCCAUCGUCGUCGCUGCGCCCGUCGUCCACGCCGCCGCGCCGGGUCCGGCCGGCGGCAGCUCGGGCUUCACGCGCGUCGGCGGCGGUCGCGCGAGCCACAGCAACCCGUACCAGCUUGCCAACGCCGGCAUCACGCCUGCCGGCACCGCCUAUCCGCCCUACCCUGCAUCGUCGGCCGACCUGUACGCCCCUCGACGACCGUCGGCAGGAGGCGACCCUGUUCUCGCCGGCAUGGCUCCGGCGCAGCGGCAAGCCUCGCGCCCGUCCCUCUCGGCCCUCCCGUACUCGUCGGCCCUCCUCUCGAACCAGGUCUCGCCCGGUGGCCGCCUCGACGACGAGCACAACCGGCGCCUGUCGACCAGGGUCCGAGCGCGUCGCGGCGACCGUCAAGGCGGCUUCUUCGGCCGCUUCAAGCGCCAACGCGUGCAGUACAGCGAUGACGAGUACACGGACGAGUCGGACACGGACGACGAGGCGGGCGGGCGACGAGCAGGAGGCGGCCUCCUCGCGGCGCUCAGCGGCGGGUUCCUCGGCGGCAAGGGCCGCAAGGGCCGAGCGCAGAGCAGCGGCGGCGUCGGGCACGGCGACGGCGGCUUCGACGACCCGAGGGAGGAGGACGAGCCGCCGUUCGAGCCCGCGCCCGAGGAGCAGAAGGGCUUCUCGGUCGUGCGCAAGCCGCGCCCGGGCCCUCCUCCUGGCGCGAGCCCCGGCGUCGCCUCGACCGACUUUGGCGCCGCGCAGCAGACGACGCCUGGAUCUGCGAGCAUGUCGCAGGCCGACCCGCUGCUCGAGCAGCAGCAGCAGCAGCGCCGCUCGACGUCCGACGCACCGACCCCUCCUCCGCCGCACGUCUCGGUCGAGGCGCCGAGUCGACCCGGGUCGCUCCACGGCGAGGUCGUCGUCGGCGAGUGGGACGACAGCGAUCAUGAGCGGGAUUAG